GAUGCCAUGAGAGGCAUUGGGUUCACACCCUCAGAGAUGACAGAGGUGCUGGAGGUGGCAGCAGUUGUCCUCAAACUCGGCAAUUUGCAAUUUGGAGAGCAAUUUCAAGCUGGCGGGACACAAGCUUGUGUUAUCCAGAGUGACAAAGUGCUGCAAGAGAUCUGUCAGUUGAUCCAUCUGGAUGAAACGGUACUGGAGCAAGCUUUGUGUUCUCGAACAGUGGAAGCCCAUCAAGAUAAGGUGGUGACAUCCCUGAAUGUCUCACAAGGUUACUAUGUGCGGGAUGCUCUUGCAAAGAACAUUUAUAAUCGUCUCUUUAAUUGGCUUAUUAACAGGAUCAACGAGAGCAUCAAA